GCCCGCCCAGAUAUAAAGGGUGGCUCCGGCAGCGGCUCGCGACUAGCCGGCGGCCGCAGCAUCUGUGCCGGGCGGAGGGGCAGCAGUACGGGCACCGGCACCAUGGCUGAUCAGUCUUUUGUGACUCUAGCUACGAAUGACUCUUAUGUUAAAGGAGCACUGGUCUUGGGUUCAUCUCUGCAACACCAGAGAACAGUAAAGAAACUAACUGUGCUCAUAACGCCUCAGGUCUCUGCUCCCAUGAGGAAGGUGCUAGAAAAAGUCUUCGAUGAAAUCUUAUUGGUAGAUGUCUUGGACAGUGGAGAUUCAGCCCAUCUAGCACUAAUGAAAAGACCUGAGCUGGGUGUCACACUAACAAAACUCCACUGCUGGGAACUGACUCAGUAUUCAAAAUGUGUGUUCAUGGAUGCAGACACAAUGGUUUUAUCAAAUAUUGAUGAGCUUUUUGAGAAAGAAGAGCUAUCUGCAGCACCAGAUCCAGGCUGGCCUGACUGUUUUAAUUCUGGAGUUUUUGUUUAUCGACCUUCCAUUGAAACAUACAAUCAUCUGUUACAACUUGCCACAGAGAAAGGCAGCUUUGAUGGUGGGGACCAGGGGCUAUUAAACACCUUCUUCAGCAGCUGGGCAACAACAGAUAUCAACAAACAUUUGCCAUUUAUUUAUAACUUAAGCAGCAUUUCUCUAUACUCCUACCUCCCAGCAUUUAAAGCGUUUGGUUCAAAUGCUAAAGUGGUGCAUUUCCUAGGAAGAAUGAAACCAUGGAAUUACACAUAUGACUCUAAAACCAAAAGCAUAAAAGGUGACACAAGUGAUCCCACAAUGGUUCACCCAGAAUUCCUCAACAUGUGGUGGCAUACCUUCAUCACCAACAUCUUACCCCUACUAGAACAACAUGGUAUUGUUAAAGACGCCACUACAGGUGUAAAGGCGGACGAGGUUACAGAGGCAGUGUCCCACAUGUCACUUUCAGCAGCAGCACUAACUUCGCCAUCAUCUCCCCCACCAGCUGAAUCUUCAGAAGAACGGAAGGAGAGGUGGGAGCAAGGCCAGGCUGACUACAUGGGAGCAGACUCCUUUGACAAUAUCAAGAAAAAACUUGACACUUACCUCCAAUAGAAGCACUUCUAUUGCCGAUAUUCAUAGAGAUACAAGAACUUCUUCCCGAGCUAUCGCAGCUAGGAAAGUGUUGAAUGUGGUCAGUUAAGCUUGCCUAGUAGCUUGAUAAAACUCAUCAGGCUGAAGAUCUUUGCAGUACUACAGGUGAGAACUGAGCAAAAGCUAUAAAGUAGAAAUCCUCGUGCCGGCUGUACCUGCACAAUCCUGAAGUCUUCCCUUUUAAGUAAAACUGCUGGAUAUGUCUAUUUAAAAAUAAAAACAAAAAACUGGGGAACAGGGCACUAAACUGGCUUGACACUUAUUCCUUUAAACCUGUAGGGCUGUGCUUUACCUCUUAAAAGAUGAAUGGCGUUACUCCUCUUGCUUGCUAUCUUAUAUAGGAGAUCAUAUAUUUUUGAGAUUGUUUAGAAGUUGAAGUGGUUGUAACACUGCCUUACUGUAAAUGUUAGUACUAAACUGUUAGCAUACAUGCAAACUUAAUACAACUUCUAACAGCAAAGGCACUGCUUUAUGGUAUUAGUCUCACACUGAAGAUCUUGACCAGGUUUUUAUGUACAGUACAUACAGCAUGGUAGAAUGUCUUUGUUUAGUUCUGUAUACUAUGGGACUAUAAAACUGAGUUUUACCUGUAAUAUUGCACUCAUUGCAAAAUAAAAACUCGUGAUGCA